CUUCUGGUCUGACCAAGACUACCUUUAAGCAACCAUACUCUUAUCGUGUUAAUCCUGAGGGUCAAUUACAACCAGUACCAAUAUCACCAACAUCAGCCACUGGACCAGGCUUUCCAAGAAAUCUCCACCAAAUUUGUUCAUUGAAGCACGAAGAGGUAGUGUGUGCUGUUGCAAUCAGUAAUCCAGUCAGACACAUUUAUACAGGAGGAAAGGGUUGUGUAAAGGUCUGGGAUCUCAACUCUGUCAAUCCACAAGUUGUUAAGAAUCCAUUACAUAAUCUGGAGUGUUUGGGUGAUAACUACAUAAGAUCUUGCAAGCUUCUUCCUGAUGGUAGAACUCUUAUAGUCGGAGGAGAAACUAACACUCUAUACUUGUGGGACUUAGGAUCAGGUGCUCCUAAAGUGAUGUCACCACUUUGUUCUAAUGCUACAGCUAGUUAUAUGUCUGAAAGCAGUAGUGUUUUAAGCUGUGACAUAUCAGUUGACAAUCGUUUUAUUGUUACUGGAUCUGGAGACAAGAAGGCUACAGUGUAUGAAGUUAUACUAUGA